AUGUCUAGAAAAUUAGCGGAGAAGUUACCCGGUCAGUUUGCUGGUAACACCCAACCCAAUCCCAAUGCCCAUGCUAAAGCCAUUACCACUCGCAGUGGCAAGACCGUAGGAAACCCUAGAGUCGAGGAGAGAGUAGUUGAUGAAGAGGGAGAUGUGAUUGAUGAGGAGAUCGAAAUGGAGGCUCCUGGCAAAGUGCAAAAGAGGCUAAGCCCAGCAAGUACCGCACAGCCCGGUGAGUCUCAAAGUGAGAAGAAAGUUGAGAAAACCCCUAUAGAUGUUAGACCUUCACCUUUAGUGAACCAUGCGUACGUUCCGUUUCCCUCACGCCUUAAGAACCGAAAAUACUCAAGGGAAUACGGACAAUUUCUAGACAUCUUCAAGCAAUUGAAGAUUAAUCAUCCGUUUAUAGAGGCACUUCAAUCGAUGCCUAAGUACGUGAAGUUCUUGAAAGAUCUCCUUAGGAACAAAGAGAAGUUAGGAGAGUUGUCUAACGUCCCAUUGAAUGGGGGAUGUUCCGCCGUGGUGUUAAAUAAGCUUCCCGAAAAGCUUACCGAUCCCGGUAUUUUUACCAUUCCUUGUCUAUUCGGUAGCAACACCAACACUAGAGCUUUGGCCGAUUUAGGUGCUAGCAUCAACUUGAUGCCCUUUUCUCUUUAUGAGAAGCUAGACCUAGGAGAGUGA